AUGCUCACUGAGGGCGCUACAAUGGCCUCACCUGCCUUUUGGUGCGCUGAAUACUUGCCCGAUUCUCCAUCGACGUCCAAGUAAGCUGAGUUUCAGAUAUCAUGCAUAGUUUUGAAUGUGAUUAAUUAGUAUAAUAAUCUUUUUCAGGGAUUUGAGCGACGACGGAUCCAACGUAGCGCCCCGAUCAACCGACUCGAGGAAAUCGUCAUCUAGGAAACGGCCGUUCUCUGCUCUUGUCGAAAAUUUGAAACCAGAAACGUUUAAGGUAACUAAUCCUUAAAACAUUUUUUUAAUUUCUAUAAUUUUUCAUUCCAGGAUGGUCCCGAAGUAAAAAGGCGCUUUAUGGAGACAGCUCUGAAUGAAUCGAAUACUCCAUUUGUUGUUGUUGAUUUUGAUCGUGCCAUCCAAGCUGAUAAUCGAGUACUGAAUGGACUAUUGGCUAUGGAACGAACCAUGUUUAUCGAUGCUUCUAGUAUGAAGAAACUUCAAGGAGAUCACAUCCUCAAGCAGCGACGCAAUAUUGUCCGUCUUUUGGCCGAUAUCUGUGAGAAGGAAGAAGCCGACAAAAGCGUGUUGCCUCUGGCAGUUCAGACCAUGGAUCGAGUUCUUUCGAUCCAAAAAAUCCCCUCUGAUCGAGAUCUUGCGUAUGUUGGGAUGGCCUCUCUUCUUCUGGCAUCCAAAAUGAAAGCUUGUAAACCCUUGAGCACUCAACAACUCAAAUAUCACACGGUUUUUGAUGCAAAUUAUGUUAAAGUAAGUUCGAAAAAGUAAUUUUUCAAAGUCUUUUAUUCAGAAAUGGGAGAAGCUGAUUGUGCCUCGAUUGGAAUGGAAUCUUAGUACUCCAACGGCUCUCGAAUUCUUCGAUCAUCUGCUGGCCAGAGCUCCUGAUCUAAAUCCAUUGCGCGAAGAUUUCUUCCAAUGCCUUGAGUGUGUUCAAGAAGGUAAGAUAAACUUUUUUAAUGUAAAAUUCGAUGAAAAAGCUGUUUGAGAGUCUAUUUGAAGAGCUUCCCGUUUAGUUUACUGUACUUUGAGGGUUUUUAAAUGCUCUAAUUUAUUCGUUUUACAUUCCCUCCGAUUACAGGGAUACGGUACCCUUUUUUAAGUUUACAUUUUUUAUGCAGACGUCGGCGGAGGGAAUAAGAGUCUCUGUUUUUUAUGCCAUUUGUCAAGCGAUCAUGCUGAAAUUAGUAGUUUUUUUGGGAGUUCAUUACUUUUUUGAUCCUCUCGCAACGUUUUUUUUCCAUGAGCAUGUGGGUGGUCCGGGCUGAGACUGCAGGCUUUGCGCGCACUCCUGGGUCGUAGCAGAUGUUUUUUUCAUUCAAAUUCGGAUUUUUUACGUCUUUUCUUUGGGGCGAAACUGGCUUCUGAUAAUUGAGAUUGGGGGUUUUUAGGAUCCGCUUUUCCAAAUUCGCAUAAAAUUGGGGUUAGGAAUCUGAAACAAGGGCAUCGCCCAGAAGCCGAGUGCGGUAAAGAUGAUGAGGCAAUUGAAUUGACCGACCUGGCUUCCUGUCUCUUUUAAUGAGCCGAUCACUGACGAGGGUCGUCGUUCCGUGCCCCUUCCCGUGUUUUUGUCUUCGGAUCCCUUAACUGGCGAAUCGCCAACGGCCUCCAGCCAACCUGAGUCGUCUUUUCCUGGGAAUUCGCGACCCAAACGACCUACUCUUGCUCCCCGUUCGGACCUCGCGGUGGGACGCCGGCACAAAGAACUUAAUUUGCAUAACAGUAUUCAAUAUAGUUGGUCUGAUCCACGAUGCGGUAAACCUUGGGUUUAUCUCUCCGCGAGAAUCUUGGCUUCAAGAUUUGUUGGAGAGGUAAUAAAAAUGUUUUUACAAGGGUCUCCACCCAAAGUUGAGCGAGGUAAUGAGGCACAAAAGAGCGACAUAUCCGGCGAUCAGAUUCUGGAUCCCUUUCCCCAAGUUCUUUGUCUGUUUUUUUGGUCCCAGUCCUACAAAAAACAGGCUUACUGUGGAGAAAGAAACAGCACCCAGGUCGCGCGGGCUGAGAAGUUUUUUGUGCAAUUGUUUUUUGGGCGGCUUCCUCCUCGAACCGAGUCAACUUGUUUGAUGGAUUGCUGGAGCGGCGUCUUUUAAACUUCUCAGAACUUUCCGUUCCCUUUUUUCAAAAUUCUAAAAAAUCACUUUCGCUUAUUCAAAUGUCACAGUCCUAGCGGCCUUUUCCUCCUUCUAGUUUUUCAUUAUCGCAAGACGGUCUUAUUUUUUAUUAAGCUAUCAAUAUUUCGCCAUAUCAGAGUUAUUAUAAUAUAAAUCGGCUUAAAACGAUUAGCCGACCAGCCAUGACACCCUGACCUGUUGCACUACACGAAUUGAUAACAUCUGUGAGCGCGCGAGAGUGCUUGAUUCCCUAUUUUAUUCUCGGUUUGAACGCAUAUUUGGCGCGCUGUUUUUUGAGGGUCCCGUCAAGUGCGGCGCUUAUUAUAGUCGGUUUUAUUGCCGUUGACUUUGCAUGCAUAACGUAUCUUUUCGCAUAAGAGGCCGAUCACAAGAUUACCGCCAGUCCUUCGAAGGCCUUGAGCUGGACCCCCAAGUAAUCUUGAGGCUCAGAAUGCGCUCCUUGUUACCUCAUAAUUAGCGUCAUCUUCACUUGAAAAAAGCCGAGUUGCCGACAAUGGAUUAAUUAGCUGAGAGACCAUAAACAUGCGUCGUUGAGAGCGGACUCUCCGGCAGACUGUAGACUAGCCCAGGGCCUUGUUCUGUUGCCCAGCAUUCUUUGGUUAUUUUUUCUUUUCUCUUCUCUUAUUAACGACUCGGAAAACACAUGGGAUAAGAGUAACAAUGAAAGGGACGCAUCGACAGGUGCCUUGUUGAGACUCGACUUGGGUCAACCGUUGACCUCAGCCCCCUCUGAUUGCGCAAUAUUAAGACAAGCUGAGCACCGCGACAUUCUUUAUAACACGGCCCAACAAGAAGUCAGGUCUCGAGUUCGUAUACAUAAACUAUAUGGUCAUUGCAUGUCAAGGGAUGGAGAAGUCGAUCAAAAAGCUCCAUGUCAGGCUGCGUGAUUGAUUGACCCAGGCAGCCUAGUAUAAUAUUGGUGUUUGCGCAACAGUCCCUUAAAGAUGACGAAGAUAAAAGGAUUUGGCGUCUGCCGACAUGUGCUGAACCGGUCUCUCUGUGUCGCUGUCUGAGCCUCUCGCUUUCACUAUUGUUUGGCGCAGUGUCGAUUUCCUUUUUCGGUGAAGCGAUCAUACAAAGAAGGCCUGCUCUAAAGUCGGGUUAAUGACUGACAGUUACCAUCACUCUCUGUUUAUUCGUCUCAGAAUUUUUAUAGACCUCGAAUUGGAUUGGAUUACACUCGGAUUACCUUAAUGGAAUCCACUUCUCGCGCUCGUCUUAAAUGAUCCCAGAAGUAUAAAUGUGAUCUGAUACGGUCAACAGAUGACUCAAACUCCGUCUUAAGGGGCCUGUUUUGGGAUGCAAAAAUUUGAAUUUGAGUGGCCGGACGACGCGGGAAUGUUGCGUGGUGGAUGGUUUUUACGAUGAGAGUGAGUGACUGCAUUUAGUGAGUGCGGCGCCGUCUUUCAUUUCGUCGCUUCACUCAUCAGCUAGCGUCCCUCGGCCAUUCGAAUUCCGUCUUCGAAAGUGAUUUUAAACGAGGCGAGGGCGAACCGUUCGAUUUCAACGGCUUCUGCCCGCUUUUCCUAAUGAGGACGCUUAUGAGAGCGACGGAAUGCACAGUUGGUCUCAUUACUGGGACCAAAUGUCACCCGAAGAAGAGUAAUGUCGCUUUUCAGCGCUUUCAAUUCCGGAAUUUUUGAAUUCAAAAAACAACAGCCAUAACAUGUGAAGGAAAGAUUAUACUUUGUUUGGCCAUUCAUUAUUAGACUGUGUAUUCAGCGACCAAAUUAAUGGCAUGUGCUCGGGGUAGCCGGUCUCCCGCUGACCCCGCAGUGAAGGCAUGAGCACUGUCUUGAAGGAGGGGCUUUAAGUGUUGCGAUCGGCCUUAAUCCCCGCAGUUAUUUGAGUCUUAUAACGCCAGCUGCAUUGCGGCAUACAUUCCCUUGGCUGGAUUCCAUCUGGCUCCGUAUAAGGCCUCGCUCAUUAACGACUCAAUUAAGCGCUCCUUCUCCUUGAUUGAUUGAGCCGACAUUCGAAAAUGAACCCACAUUUAUCCAUAAUCGAGUCCAUAAAAUUCAAAAUCAAAGUUACAGUAGGACUACAGUAAUCCUCUCCCUUUCCAGUGUACCAAUUGGCGGCUCUCCCGCCGUCUCAUCAGAUGGCGGUGGUACUUUUCUUCUUGGCGGAUAUCCACAACAUUUCACUUGUUCAAGAACGGAUCUAUGAGGAUUUCCGUCUGGAUGAAUGCGUCAUCAAUAAAGAAGUCAAAGUGAUUGGCCAGAAUAUACAGUAAGUGGAUGAUUUCUUUACAAAAUAACCGUUUCUAGCAUCGCUCUUACUCCUCCAUCGUCAUCUUCAUCAAGUCCCGGAGGAAUGAAUACACCAGGUCUCAAGUGCUAUUAG